CGAGCUGGCGCAACCUCCUAAUUUGACAACACGAUUGAAAAAAUGGGUGACAAUGCAGGCUCAAUUCUCAUAACCGGCGCCAACGGUGGGCUCGGUAGUGCUGUGGCCUCACAAAUCGCGACAAACCCAAGCCUUCAAGGGUAUUAUGGCAUUUACACAAUUCGUGAUGCCGCAUCCACACCAGCGCUGGACGCCGCGCUUUCGGGAGGACAAGGCGGCACCUCAACCUCAGCACACAAUUUCGAAAAAGUAUCCCUUGACCUCUCCCGUCUCAAUGACGUCCGUCAAGUUGCUACAGACAUCAAAGCUCGAAUUGAGUCCGGCCAGAUCCCUCCAAUCCGUGCUCUUGUGCUCAAUGCUGGUGUUGAGGAGUUUACAACCCAGACUUGGACUGAUGAGGGACUUGAUAAAACUUUUGCGACCAAUUAUCUGGGCCACUGGCUCCUCACUAUGAUCCUUCUUGGAAGCAUGGAUCGCGAGAAAGGGCGUAUCAUCUGGAUCACGAGCUGGUCACACAACCCUCAGCACCAGCAGAACAUAAUGAAUGGGGCUUAUGAAGAUGAUAAAUACAAACAAUUCAUCGUGGAUGAUCUUGAAGCGAUUGCCAAAGGUACUUGGAGUGCAAAUCAAGAUGACUCAACAGGCUGGGCGGCGGGCUACCGCCGGUAUGGUGCAUCUAAGCUCUGUGGUGUCAUGAUGAUCCAUGAGCUUCAGCGUCGCCUCGACCAAGACACCCGACUACACAACAUCUCAGUCCUGGCCCUCGACCCUGGUGCAAUGCCGACCGAUAUUGUGCGUCGGAGCCCCUCUUGGUUUGUGCGAGUUCUGAUGUUCCAGGUUAUCCUGCCCGUACUGGGGACGGUGACCACCCGCUUGUGGCCAAAUGGGUCGUUCCGUACUUUGCAGAAGUCGGCCAGCGACGUGCUUAGUGCAGCCCUUGACUCUGGCCCACGUCCGCUCAGUGAGCACCCGAAGGGCCUGUUCCUCAACGGCUCAGAGCUGAGUGACUACAACAGCGAGGCCAAAGAUCCCGUGAAGUGCGAGAUUGUGUGGAAAGGCAGCUUGCACUACGCAAAGUUGGAGGACGGCCAGACGCUCCUUCAGAACUGGAAGUGAAACAGGGAUCAACUAGCUCCCGGACUCGAUACCUCGAGCAAGCAGACCAUGCCAGAUUCACCUCUCAAUUUAAAGCCCAGGUUGUCCAGGCCAUGAAGCCUGGCAUCUUGAUGGGAAUAAAUCCGGCAUAUUUUGCAUUCUUUAUGGCGCUACGCAUUGAGCUCCGGGCUGGAUGGUAUAGCAUUGUUUUUCUGGAAAUGAAUCAACUACAUGUGUCUAGUACAUAAUUAGAUCUAUUAAGUUUGAA